AUGCCAUUCAUCUCAUCGAUAUUCUAUCGUGCUUCCGUCAGCGAAGAGUCCAGGCGGGCUCCCAUCGGCAAAGUCAACCGCGCGCGGCGACCACCACCUCAAAGGGAUCAUCUCACACCCGGAGGAUCCAACGAUGCUGGCGAUGCAGAACACACUGCAGAUGUCUUCGACAGCACCACCGCAAAUACCACCGAUAUCGACAGCUUCCAAGCCAAGGUUCAGGUGAUCGAAGAUAUUAUUGCAGAGGACAAUCUAUACAAAGUACUCGGCAUCAAGAGGAGCGCCAAGAACGAGGAGAUUCGUCGUGGCUUUUUGAACAGAAGCCGAUCUUGCCAUCCGGACAAGUUCCCAGACUAUCCAAAUUCAACCAUCGCCUUUCAAAAGCUUGCCUUUGCCUACGAGACUCUGUCCAAACCCGCAUCUCGCCAGGCAUACGACUUCUCUCCUCACACCCACUCGAUGUUCAAUGGAAAAUCCCCCCAUGACGCUUUUGACGACGAAUUUGGAGAAGCCUUCGCAGACGCCACGCUUCAGGAUGUCCUCUUCACCGUAUACGUCGAAUUCUUCGAAGGAGACUUUACGUCCGUCAAAGCACUGCUCAAGGUCCUCGCCGACAGCGGUCUCGGGACCUACAGCGACGCCAACAUUAGCAGCAUCGAGGCCAAAUUCAGAGCUCUCUCGCGGCUCAUGCGCGCAACGCGAAGAUACUCGCGCGUUCUUCUCAACGAAGUGUCACGCCUGUACGAGAUCCAACAGGAUCUGCGAGGUCUUUCUUACUUUGACAUCCCAGGCCGUCUUCGAUUGACUUUGCAACUCGCUCGGGUCACGCUCAGCAUUCCGCUUGCCAUUGACCAGGCCAUGCAGAACCCCGAAGACUACGACCGCAAGGAGUUCGGUCAAUGGUUCGAAGACAUGCAUGCACAAUCGUCAGACUGCAGCUCGAGUGAAGACGAUGACAGCAGUCGAGCAGAGCAAACUUUCGGGUUGCAGAGCGAGGCUGACAUCGACGCGCCGGGAUCCGACGAGCAUGCACGUUUGCGCUACGUGCGAGCCCGUGACGCCCGCAUCGCACGACGAGCUGCCGAGUGUCGCGAUCCGGGGUCCGAUCAUGGCCCAGGCGGCGAUCAGGAUGCGGCUGCACUGCCUGACGAAGAGAUCAAAGAGCUGCAAGCCGGCUUCCUCGGACCCACCGCUACGGCCCUCUUCACGGGCAUGGUCAACUUGCUCGAAGCAGGCGAAGGAUGGAUGGGUGGCAAGCCAGCAGAGACGCUGUCACACUGA